AUGGUCAGUACCAUCAACGACAACCCAUUCUCAAUGGAGGCCAUCUACCAGCCGUACGAUUUCUACAAUCGUUUGCGCGAAUACGAACCGGUCUACUACAACGAAGAACUCGAAGUAUGGAUGAUCACCUCGUGGGAACACUUGGUCUGGGUCACCCGUCAUCCGGAAGCGUUCUCCUCCAGUGUUUAUGCGCGCGACGUUCGCGCGCCAAACCCGCCCAUUGACGAAGACGACAUGGAAAUCUACAACUUCAUCAAGAAGUGGCAGGUUUCCCGCUUCAUUCAGCACGACCAGAGGCGCUACAACCCGGAAGUAUCUGGCGCCGACCACGUCGACAUGCGCCGGGUGAUGCACGGUUAUUUCACUCCUAAGUCAAUGGAGAUGUGGCGGCCUCUCGUGCAGUCGGCAAUCGACGAGUUGCUGGACGCAGUUGAAGAGAAAGGCCGAAUGGACGUCAUGGCCGACCUCGCCACGCCGUUGCCGUUGCUGGUGAUCGCCCGCAUGUUGGGCAUUCCCGACAGCGAUCGGCCAAAAUUGCGGGAACUCGCCAAGGAUUUGCGGUUCCUGAAUCGCGAUGGUCCGGAUCGUAUGGGCCCCUUGUCCCAAGCCGUGAAGAACCUCCAGGACUAUAUCAGCCCCUUGGUCGCGGAACGCGUUGAGAGUCCAAAGGAUGACCUUAUCUCGGUGGUCGCCGAGGGCGAACGGCAGGGUAUCUUCAACCGUGAUAUGACCAUCAACAACGUGAUGCUGCUGCUGUCUGCCGGACACGAAACAACGAUUAACCUGAUUUGUAACGGAACUCUCGCCUUCACGCAGCACCCUGAUCAGUGGGCCGACCUCAAGUCAGAUCCCGAAGGCAAAACCGUGCGCGCCACCGAAGAAGCCUUGCGGUACGAUUCGCCCGUUCGCUCGAUCCAGCGUAUCGCGGUGGACGACAUCGAGAUGAAUGGCCAGACCAUUCGCAAGAACGAUCGCGUACGCUGGUUCAUACCCGGCGCCAACCGUGAUCCCAAGGUGUUUGACCGCGCCGACGACUUCGAUAUCGAGCGUUACCCGAAUCAGCACGUCGCCUUUGGUAGCGGCGUCCACCACUGUCUCGGUGCAACGCUGGCCCGCCUGGAAGGGCAGGAGAUUUUCCGCAAUCUGGCCAACCGUUUCGACAAGAUGGAGUUGGAAAUCCCGGUGGAACAGGUCGAGUACGACCAUGUUCUUACGUUCCGGGCCGUGGAAAGCCUACCGGUCACUGUAACCAGCGCCCGCUAA